CUGGCCACCACCGUCCUAACCCGCGCACCACCAAACAUGGCGACAAGCUUGCUAUAUCUCCUUCCCAGCACGUCUCGUGCCACGCAUCUCCUUGCGCCGUCCUCCUCUGCCAGCGUACGACUCCAAACGCGUUCAGUAUCCUCUUCGCCUUACGGCCGCACGCAUGUCUGGAAGAGGCGCACCAAGAAGCUACCCAAUCCCAUCGUCCCCGUCUUUCCUCAGCGACUCGUUCGCGUUGAUGGCUCGACGAUCAUCCACUACACCACAUCCCCGCGCUCUAUCAUCCGCCUCACUCGCGAUACGACCAACAACCCGCUCUGGAACGCGGCGCGCUUCGUUGGGAUGGACGAGGAGGAAGACGAGGUCACUGGGCGUAUGGGCCGCUUCAGCAGACGUUUUGGAGAGCUGAGUGGGCAGAAAUCGGAUAUGGACUGGAUGAACGAGGCCGCUGGGGAGGCUGCCCCUUCGGGCGACAAGGUCAAGUCAACAUGAUGGCUGCUACCGUGUUGCAUUCAUCGACUAGUAUUCACCGGACGCCUCCUCCGCGUCCGUGAUCCUAUGCUCUCGUGCGGGGCUACGCAUAAUCUCGAGAUCUACUCCGACUAGUACAUUACCUCUUCGCAACGAUUGCUUGCUAUGUCCUCCACAAUUGUGCUACAUGUGUACGGUAAGACAGACACAUUCUAUACCCUGCCACGAAGAUCUCGGAAAUGCACUAUGCAGAACCUACGCGUACACACGUACUACGCGACUCGGACGUAUCAUGGCCAGGAAUGCUCCGCGUACGGCGAAGUCAUCGUCGCGUGCAGUGUAUACCCUGACCUCCCACUUUCGAGACAUGGGCACGAAAGCUGCACUACGGGUCACUUGUUCUCUCAGCUUGUCUUCUUACAUCCCU